AUGACAGCUAUUGAGGAGAAUGCUCAGGUUAAGCACUGGAUGGAUACGAAAAUCAUAGGUAUAAUCGGACUCGGCGAUAUGGGUCUGAUGUACGCUGAAAAAUUGUCACAAGCCGGUUGGAAUGUUAUUUGCUGCGAUCGUCCGGAACGGUAUGAGGAAUUGAGAGAGAAGCAUAAGGGUGCUAGUUUCAGAGUUUUUGCGAAUGGUCAUCUUGUAGCUCGUAUGAGCGAUUAUCUCAUGUAUUCCGUUGAGGCAGCGAAUAUUGGGAAGAUAGUAGCAAGAUACGGGUCCUCCACAAAAGUUGGUGCUGUUGUUGGUGGGCAGACCAGUUGUAAGCGAGAGGAAAUCAAGGCUUUUGAGGAACAGUUGCCUGACGAUCUUGACAUUGUUACGGUACAUUCUUUACAUGGUCCGCGUGUGAGUUCGGAGGGUCAGCCUUUAGUGAUUAUUGCGCAUCGGACAUCUCGCCCUGACUCAUUACCGUUCGUCGAGUCUGUACUCUCAUGUUUGAAGAGUAAGCACGUAUACUUGACCGCUGAGGAGCAUGAUAGAAUUACGGCUGAUACACAGGCUGUAACCCACGCAGCAUUUUUAAGUAUGGGCCUUGCAUGGUACAGAAGGAAACUAUACCCAUGGCAGGUAGGGCCAUGUAAGUGGUACGGCGGUCUCGAGAAUGUGAAAGUGAAUAUCUCGCUCCGAAUUUACUCUAAUAAGUGGCACGUCUAUGCUGGUUUAGCUAUUACGAAUGAUGCAGCCCGCCAGCAAAUCAUGCAGUAUGCUGAGAGUUCUAAGGCACUCUUCUCACUAUUCCUCGAAGGAAAUGAACAAGCAUUGAAGGAAAGACUACAGAAGGCAAAGGAUUUUAUAUUCUCGAAGCAUGAAGGCCCAUUGAUGUUGCAAGACGUGAUGCUAGAAAAACACACUAUUGCCAAGUACGAUAAAACGGACGAUGUUGACGUUCUGCCUAACUCCCACCUAUCGCUUUUAGCUAUUGCUGAUAGUUGGUACCACCUUGGUAUCAACCCCUACGACCAUAUGAUUUGCAGCACACCUCUUUUCCGUAUCUUUUUGGGGGUUACGGAAUAUUUGUUUUUAAAACCAGGUCUUCUAGAAAAGACAAUAGACGCUACCUUUUCAGACAAAUCGUUUAGAGCCGAUGACUUGGAGUUUGUUGGCGCAGUAGGUACCUGGUCCCAACUAGUCACGUUCGGUGAUUACGAUCUCUACCGUCAGCAGUUCGAAGAAGUGCAGCAAUUUUUCCAACCUAUGUUCGAAGAAGCAACUAAGAUUGGCAAUGAAAUGAUCAGCGUGAUACAAAGCAAACUUUAA